GUUUCUUUCCCCAUCCCUUACUUGAUCUAAAUUUUGACCUGUCAAUGUGUAUCGGCAUUGCGUAACAUUUGACAGCUUGAUGGUUAACAUUCCCCACGCAUAUAAGAUACAAGCUGAAAACCAACUUGAUUAAUAUGGAAGAACUUGAAGUUUUGGAGUCGAUAUAUCUUGAUGAUAUCAAAGUUAACAAGGAUGAACAAGAUUCACCUGUCAGUAUACAGUUACAGUUACACCCAGCCACAGGAGAUGAACUAGAUAAAAGAUAUGUUUGUAUGACCUUGACAUUGAGCCUACCUCAACAGUACCCUGAUGAAGUACCAGACAUUGUCAUCACUAAUCCUAGAGGUAUUGCAGAAGAGGAGGUACAAAGUUUACUUGAAGAAUUAGAAAACUUAGCCUUGGAAAGAGUAGGUGGACAAAUGUUGUAUGAAAUAAUUGAGCUUGCCAAGGAGAGUUUAACUGACGGGAAUGUACCAUACUGUCCAUGUACAAUAUGCUGUGAACACUUUACUGAGGAAGAUAUGUUUACCAAGACUGAUUGUUAUCAUUACUUCCAUAACAACUGUCUCCAACGUUACAUAAUGCAUCAGCUAGAUGUACAAAAGCAGGUUGAAAAAUCACGUAUACAACAUACAGAAGUUAAUGAAGAUGACAAAAAGAUCAAGUGUCCUGUAUGCAGGGAAGAAAUUUGCUAUGAUCCAGAAUUUUUACAAGAUGAUUUCAGUAAAUUGAAAAAAGAUGAGACAUUAUACCAACCAUCCUGCGACAUGAGAGUAUGGCAGAAAAAUAUGGCUGAGCUCUACCUAAAACAGAAAGAUAAAGGAGGAAUAAUUGAUGUAGAGGCUGAGAAAAACAAAUAUCUACUAACAGAUUCAGAUAAUGAAAUUCCUAUAAUUGUUUCAAAAGUAAUAACUAAUAAUACUGAAAAUGACCAAAUAAAGCAACCAAAUUUAGAUAAAGAGGAUUUAAGAAAAAGAACUUCAGCCUCCUCAAAAUUCCACAGAACAGGUCAUGGGCAAGGCAGACAUGAUAGAGAGCCUCAUUUCCGUGGUCGUAAAUUUGAUGAUCGAUAUGAUAGGCCUCAGUCUGCUUCUGAUAGACCAAACCAAAGAAGAGGCUAUGGUUAUAGACCAUCAUCAGGUAGACAACAGGAAUAUUCAAAAAGGGAGUAUGAUAAAAGACCAACAUCUGGUAGCAACUACAGGAGAGGGAUUGGUAGGGGAAGUAACUCUAAAUCUCCUAGAAAUGAUUCUUCAUUUAAGAGUAAGGAUUUUAGGGAUAACACAAAUGAAAAGCAUAAUCCUGGAGAUAAAAGUACCAGUAAUGGUAAGAAUGGAUUGGAGGAAAAGAAAUUAAUUAACAAAGAUUCAGAAUCACCAAGGAAUGACGUAAAAGUGAAUGACAUGCAGAAAAAAGAAAUAGAAAAAAGUAAUAAAAGUGAGUCAACUGCUGAGAAGAAAACGGGAAAUAGAGAAAUGAGAGGCUCAACGAGUGAUAAAGGUAGUGGGGAGAUUAAAGUUAUACCAAAGGAUGAGUCAAAUCAGGAGGAGAAAGUGGCUUCUAGUGAUUCUAGGAUUUCUGAAAAGGACAAAGCACCAGCAAACAGUACCAAACUUCCAGUAUCAAAAUUAGAAACUAAAAAUUCAUCACAGGUCACUCGUGAUCAAAUAAAGAAUGAUGGAUAUAAAGGUAGAGGUCAAAGGAAGCAUGCUGGUGAGGUUAAUAGAGGGGAAAUUAAAAGUCAAGGUCGUUUCAGGGAUGAAUAUCAUCAUGAUAAUUCUAGAUGGAGAGAUCAAGAUCAUUACUAUGGUAACAGAAAAUAUUAUGAUGAUCAUCGUGAUAAUAGACACUAUGAUAGGCGAGGCCAAUAUCAAGAUGAAAGGAAAGGGCAAGGUCAGAAUUAUGAUAGAAAAACUCAAGGGUAUUAUGAUAACAGAAAAAUCCAUGAAUCAAAACAGAGGAGUGAAAAUAACCGCAAAACAAGUGAAGCCAAAGAACCAGAAAAACAAUCAUCAAGUGAUAUAAGGUCAUCUGAAUCUGCAAAAACUAAAGAACCAGAUAAGUUGUCUUCAAGUGAUUCAAAAUCAACUCAAUCUGCAAAAACUAAAGAUAUUUCAAAUGUUGACUUAAGUAAAACUACUCAUGAACAUGGUGCUAAGUCAACUGCUUUAAAUAAAGAAGAAAAACCAAAGCAUAUACGAAAAGAUGUACAUAGGGACGAAAAAACAGGAGUACCUCACAGAAAUAGAACCAGUAUUAACAAUUCAAAAAUGAAUUCAGACAGACAAGAAAAACGAGGAUGUGAUAAAAAUAAAGACACAAUAACAGCGAGCUCAACUACCAAAACAGAUACUAGAACUGGUAGGCCUCCAGGAUUUGAAGUUAAAGGCCCACCACCGGGAUUCUCAGAAAAGUCUGUCAAACCACCACCAGGGUUUUAG